AUGUACGCGCCAAGAACGAUCUGCUCACGAUGUGCCUCGCGCCUGCAGCCCGCCGUGACGGUGCGUCGAUCAGCCGCCGCUCGCUUCUCCUCGCCGGCCGAGCCUUCGCCAUCCGAGCACGAAGGCGGUGACCGACACGGCACGAUCCCUCGCCGCGGCAGCCACCGCAAUUCCUUUGGUGGGCAAAGAUGCUCCAAGACGAUGCAAAGGUCGGCCGUCGCCCUCUUCAACGACAUCGUCAACAAGACGGAGGCCCAUCCGCCCGUGGCCCACCGAGGCCUCGCCCCAAACGCCGCCCAUCCGCCCUCCCUCGGCGAGUGGGAAAUCGCGGCGAGGAUGAAGGAGCUCUUGGAUAGGCGUGCCGGCUCGCCCGAGGAGCUGCGGCUCUUCCGGACCGACAUCUGGCCGCACGUGGCGGAGAUGCGUGGCCAGAUGCCCAAGCACCUCUACCUGGCCACCACCCAAUUCCUCAGCCGCGCCUGCGAUGCCGUCGCCGACGAGGGCGAGGCCGGAAACACCGUCGAGCUCUCGAGCAUGUGCGCGAGGGUCGGCAAGUGGGAUCUCGACCUGAGGAACGAACUCGUGCUGAGCCUGUGCCACGAGCUCAUCGGCAGCAGGCACUCGUCGGCGAAGAGGACGGCGCUCGUCGACGAGCUCGUCGGCCUGUGGCAGCACAUAUCCCAGCUCAGGCGCAAGAGCCAGGGGGACGGCGGCGAGCUGCGGUUCGUCCUGCCCACCGUCGAGGAGGUCUUUGGCGACGCGGGGGCCGAGCCGCCCGAGCCGCGCCCGAGCGGCAUGGCACCGACGACCAAGGCCUUGGCCAGCAUCUUUGUCCAGUUUCGUCUCGAGCAAUCCCGGGACCUGAUUCCGGGCCUCCUGGCGACCGUCGCCAUCCUGUCCGACCCGCGACUUGCGCGCCACGCCGCGCAGGUCAAGACGGCGCCCCUCCUGAACCUCGUCGCCGCCGCCCUCGAGCGGGGAGGCGCCGAUCAGCGGUACGUCGACGACGCCUUCGGGGGCAAGACCCGCUACCCGCCCGCCAAGCUGCGCGAGGUCAGGGCCUACGUCGUCGAGCAGUGGCCGCGUGCGGAGGCGAUGCUGUCCGGCGCUUCCGGCGCAUCCUGGCGCCAGGGCCUCGACGACGCCCGGCCGGCAGCAUCCCCGGCCGGCCUCGCCUCCUUCUCGAGGCAGCUCCGCGCCGCCUACCGGGCCCGCAACACGGGCGCCAUCGUCUCCGUCUGGCAAGACCUCAAGGCCCGGCUCGGCCGGAAGCCGGAUCUGGUCCGGCAGAUGCGCGACGACCCCGAGUUUCUCGACUUUUGGAUAUUCGCCUGGUGCGCCGUGCGGCGGCCCGCGAAGCUGCAGGAGACGCUCGACCUCAUGCGCGAGGUGCGGGUGCAGCCGACGGUCAAGACGUACACGUCCAUGAUGCACGGCUGGAAGAUUUGCAAGGACGGCGACAAGAUCGCCGCUCUGUGGGACAAGCUCGUCGAGUCGGGCCUGCGCCUCGACGCCGUCAUCUGGACCGAACGCAUCUCGGCCCUCAUCGAGGCCGGCAGGCCCCAGGCCGGCAUCGAGGCGCUGGCCGAGAUGAUGACGCUCUGGAAGCGCGCCCUGGCCAAGGCGGGACCCGACGCCGCCGCGAGGGUCGCUGUCCAACCCAACAUCGAGGUCGUCAACGCCGCCUUCAAGGGCCUCGUCCAUCUCGACCUCCAGGCCGCCAACGAGGUCCUCGCCUGGGCCGGCCGCGAGGGCAUCGAGCCCAACAUCCGCACCUUCAACAUCCUCCUGCGCGAGAGCUUCCGCGGCGACGGCCCGGACGACGUUCCGUCCCUCCUCCGCACCAUGAAGCGGCGGGGCAUCGAGCCCGACGCGGCCACCUUUACCAUCAUCCUCGAGGAGGUCCUCGGCGUGCUCGACAGGGCCUCGGCUGCCGAGCAGGUCCAGGCCGUGCACCAGAUCGUCGCCGACAUCGAGGCGUCGGGCCUGCGCGCCAACCUCGAGACGUACGGCAAGAUGCUCUACGCCGUCGCCUCGCUGGCCAACGGCGGCGCCGACGAGGCCGUGGCCGCCGUGCUGGGGCACAUGCGCGCCGCCGGCCUCACGCCGACGCGGCACAUCGUCACCAUCCUCAUCGAGCGGGCCCUCGCCCGCGACCCCCCGUCUCCCGGCGCCGUCAAGGCUCUGCUGCGGGAGCACAAGCUGACGAGCAUCAACCAGGGGGAUCAGACGCUCUGGGAGCGCGUCACGAGCGCCCACGCCGUCACGGGCGACGUCGAGUCCGCCAUGGCCGUCUUCGGGGACCUCGCCCGCGCCGGCCGCCCCGUCACGUCGCUUCCCUGCCUCGCCGACCUUCUCUCGGCCCUCCUCGAGGCCGACCGGCUCGAGGACGCGCGCGGCGUCGUCGGCGUCGUCAUCGGCCACAAGCUCGAGAGGGACGCGGCCGGCGGCGUCGAGGUCGAGCGCGACGCGCGGUACUGGCGCCAUCACUUUUGGUACGUCGCCAACCAGCAUGGACUGCUGGACGGCGACGACGUUCCCGCCGAGCUGCAGAGCAGAUUCCGCGCGCAGGACAGGUAG